GAGUGUCGUUUGUUUACACUUGUUGCAAUGGCGACCACCUCUGAACUGAAAUGUGUGUUAAGGGAUACGCUGGAGUCCCGCGGUGUGCUGGGCCAGCUGAAGGCUCGUAUCCGGGCAGAAGUGUUCAGCGCCCUGGAUGACCAGCGUGAACCUCGGCCACCGCUGUCACACGAAAACCUGAUCAUCAACGAGCUCAUCCGGGAGUACCUGGACUUCAAUAAGUACAAGUACACUUCUUCAGUACUGACAGCAGAGUCAGGCCAGCCGGAAGCUCCCUUGGACAGACAGUUCUUGGCCAAUGAGCUGAAAGUCAUAGAAGAUGCAAGCUCCAAAUCUGUACCUCUUCUCUACGGCUUAGUGUCCCACUUCCUGAACAGUAGUGAUAAUCGAGGGAAGGUGUUCCUGCGAGGUUCCUCUCUGCCAACUGGUCCCACUGCCAGUGACACUGGACCUGGACCUGAUGCCUAAGACCUGACAGUGGACUGAAUACUGGAAUAGCUUGGACUUUAAAUGCUAUGACACUCCAGUAUAUAAAAUGAAGUGAAAUGUUGCACCAUGUUGUGGACUUCCAUGUUGAUGCAGUUUUACAGUAAGUACAGAAAGCAUUUAUGUAUUUUUUCAUGUUCAUGUUUUGAACUUGAUGGAUAAUGGAUUUUGGCUUUAGUCGUGGUGGCUCAAUAGUUCACACAGAUAGUUGAGGUUCCUUUUUUUGUCUUGUCUAUUUAACUGUGAAAUAU